AUGUUCGCCAUUGUCAUUGUCAUUGUCGUUGUUGCCGUACUGGCCUAUCGUCGACGAUCUUCUUCUCUUUUGUCAUUCAUCCUGCACGAAAUAUGGACGACAGCUUCGCCCAUCCUUCACCUGGACGGCCACUCCAUCCCCGGCCCCCGAUAUACCCUCCCCCAAGGCCAGGGCCGGGAGAAGAUCCUGACGUCGCGCCAGGCCAGCAAGAAAUGGCAGCAGGAGUACGGCAGUAUCUAUCGGAUCUGGAACGGGGCAUGGCCUGAAAUAAUCCUCACCCACCCCAAAGACGUCGAGGCCUGGUUCUCCGGCAAAGGCGAGCACUUCAAGGCCGGCACAGAGCCCGCCGGCUGUCUGUUCAGCUCUGUCUUGUCCAACGCCAUCGGCCUGAUCAACGGGGGAGACUGGCGCACGCUGCGACGCAAACUGGACGCGUUUGUCAACUUCCAGGCGUCGAACAAGCUCACCGGCUUGCUCAUCCAGAGAGCGCAAGAACAUGUCGACAGUCUCGCGGUAGACAGCAACCAGACACGCCAGACCCUGCUUGCCGUGCCCUUUCUGCAGCCUUAUCCCUUCUUCACGACCAUCGAGGUCUUCUACGGCGCGUUGACCAGCGCCGAGCGCGAGGAGAUGUGGUCCAUCGGCCUGGACUUUUUGUCCGUGGCAGGAUUCGUCGUCCAAGAGGGCCUCAACCGCACACGGUUCACGAGAUGGCUGUAUUCAUGGCCGGCAUGGCGGGCUCUGCGCACCUUUGAGCACCGUUGGGCGACGUUCAAUCGCCGCUUCGUCCAGGAGAGGGCGGGCAUGGAUCUGCCUAUUGUCCAGCUCUGGGGGGAGAUCAACGGGGGCAUCACAGAGAAGACGAUACUCUCCACCUUCACCGAAGCCAUCUUUGCCAAUCUGGACGUCACCACGUUUGUCCUCGGCUCGAGUAUCCUGCACAUCGCCAACAACGAGGCCGUCCAGCAGCGGCUGUGCAGCGAGAUCGAGGCCGAGAAAGACGAUCUGGAGGGAUACAUUCGCCGGCAGGAUACGUUCCUGCACCGCUGCGUGCUUGAGGGCAUCCGUCUCGAGCCGAUUCCUGCAUUCUCUCUUGCCGAAUCGUGCUCCGAGGAUAAAGUGCUAGGAGGAUACGUGAUUCCAGCAGGAACCAACGUGGUGAUUGAUGCCACGGCGCUGAACAUCAGCAAUCCCUUCUGGGGCCCCGACGGCGACGAGUUCCGCCCUGACCGGUUCGAGAGCCUGACUCCGCUCCAGCUGCGGUACAACCUGUCGACCUUCGGGUACGGGGCGCGCAAGUGUCUAGGCCUGCAUCUGGGCGGCAAGAUGGUGCGCGCGCUGGUCGUCGCCUUGUUCCAGCGGUAUAUCGUGCGGGUGGCGACGGAGUCCAGACAGGGGGAGAACGACUUUGCGAGGGACAAGAACAGUUUCUUCUCCAUGUUUGAUGCGAAGAUCGAGCUGGAGAAUCGAUAG